AUGGAAAUCAACGACAAGCUCCUGCCCGACGAAGAGGCACGGUGGAGACAAGAGCGGAAGCCUCAGAGCAACUGGGAAAGAUGGGGCACCGUCCUUCUCGUCAUCGCGACGGCUCUUGUGUCGCUGGGAAUCGGCGCACUGGUCGGGCAUCAGCAACAAGACUCUGACAAGACUUGCACGUUGCGAGUUGCUCAAUAUUCUCCCGUCAUCUCCAACGUCGGCAUUUCGUACCACCAGGAGCAAUUCAACGGCUCGUUCCUUCACGAGAACAUUUACCGCAAGGACGCCAGUCCCGAGGUCGAUGCGGCGUGGAAAUCCCUCGGUGCUGACUACCGAAGCAUUCGGGUUCCUGCCGAGGAAGCCAAAAGAUCGGGCCUUGCACAGGACCAGGUCAAGAUCAGCGAGAAGUAUGGAGGAGGCUACCCAGCAAAUGUUGAGGGUCUUCAUCACCUUCACUGCCUGAACCUUCUUCGCCAGUCUCUCUACUACAACCACGACUAUUACAAAAAGCAGGGCCAUGGUGCCUUCAAGAACGACGACUUCAUUGUCCGUCGCCACGUCUCCCACUGUCUCGACAUCCUCCGACAGCAGCUCAUGUGCACCGUCGACGUCGGAGUCCUCGGUCAAGUCUGGGUUCACCCCGACAGCCCUGAGCCAUUCGUCGACUUUAACACGAAGCAUCGCUGCCGUAACUUUGAUGCUAUUCGCGAUUGGGCUGAGCAUAACCAGCUGCCGGAGUCCGUUCCGUCGGAUUUCCUGGAGCCGCCGAAGCAGGGCGAUCGGGUAUAUGAGGAGGUCCCGUAA